ACUGAUGACGUAGCGGAAGCGAGGCGAGGUCCUUUCUCGCCGCCCGCUCGCCCCAAGGUGCCUGCGGAGCUCGGCGCCGGCCUUGCGAAGGGCGGGGGCGGCGGGGCCUUCCCCGCGGCGCCGGGCACCAUGAUGGUGGGCAAGACCAGCGCCAUCGCCGCGGGCCUCUGCGGGGCCCUCUUCAUCGGCUACUGCAUCUACUUCGACCGCAAGAGGCGGAGCGACCCGAAUUUCAAGAACCGGCUGCGGGAGCGAAGGAAGAAACAGAAGCUUGCCAAAGAGAGAGCAGGGCUUUCCAAGUUGCCUGAUCUGAAAGAUGCUGAAGCUGUUCAGAAGUUUUUUCUUGAGGAGAUCCAACUUGGCGAGGAACUACUAGCUCAAGGUGAAUAUGAGAAAGGUGUUGAUCACUUGACCAAUGCCAUUGCUGUGUGUGGACAGCCGCAGCAGCUACUUCAAGUUCUACAGCAGACUCUUCCACCACCAGUGUUUCAAAUGCUUCUAACUAAGCUCCCUACAAUAAGCCAGAGAAUUGUAAGUGCACAGUGCUUGGCUGAAGAUGAUGUUGAAUGAGGUCACACCACAACAGGGGGAAAAAGUGUUUUCUUACCCCAGAAGAUGAGCAUCAGUAGGGGGAUAAAGGGGCAAACAUAGUAGUUAAUGGACUGUGUACCACAUCGGGUUCUACCAGAGUUAAAAUUAACUUUGUGUAGGUGGGUUUCACAGGAUUUUAUUUAUUAUCCCAGUGAAAAGUGUAUUUUGAUAAAAAUUCAUUUUAUAAAUACACUGUGUUGAGUUAUCAAAGUAUCGCUAACUUCAUUAUUAUUAAAAUAUGCAGUUGUAAUGUUGUACAUAUAAAGACAUAAAGCUACAACCUAUUGAAAACCCAAUGCUCAUUUUUUGAAAAAAAAAAUUAAAAAAAAAAGUUAUGGCAAUAAAGAUUUAUCCACACUUGUGUGUCCCUAUAGUACUACUUCAAAUUUCAGAACAUUUGGGUGUCAGAGCAGAGCAAAUGAUCUAAAAAUAACAACAUUUAAAAAAAAAAAUUAAUGUUACGGCUGGUCUUCCAAUGCUUUUAGUUAAUUCAAAACCUCAUGUAAUUCUCUGAGAAAAUAAGCAUGUGAUCGUUUAAACAGUAACUGGUCACAUUAAGAAGAAAUGCAAAUGAAAGUUGUAAUAGGUGACUUAGCUGUAGGAAGAAUGAGAGAUCUGUUUAUCAGGAACAAUAACACCUGUGGUGACGCAUGUCAAAACCAUAUCUGCCAACAGGGAACGUCUGUUAAAGCAGUUGUCUGAAGUAAAGCUGUUUAGAAUAGAACCCUGGGCAUAUUUUAAGAGUACAAAGAUUUUUUUUUUUAUGCCUUUACCCUUUUUGUAAGAUAAUUAACAAUUCAGUCUCUAGUUUUCAAGAUCAUAGAAAAUAUUCAGCAUUCCUUGGCAUUUCACUUGAAUUUUUUGUGCUGAUUUAAGUUAGAAAGGUAAGAUGAUGACAUCCCCAGGCUGAACUAGCUAAAACUGCUGGAAUUAGAAAGAUGUAGAAUGUCAGCAUGCAGAGAAAACAAGGAAAAUAUACAGACUUACAUAUGUUUUCAGAAGAAUACUUCUACUUCUCAUUUUCUCUUGAUAGGAUAUUCUAAAGUAAAAAUUAAAGCAGACUAGUUUCUGCUAUUUUCUGUUUUUGUGCUAAGGCUGCUCAAGUGGCAAAAAAAAAAAAAACCAAUUAAAAACGUAGCUUUAUAUUUUUGGCAUUGUGACUGGCUUGAAUUUCAUGAAAAGAAGGGAGGAGAAUGCUUUGGCCUAAUGAUGCCAUUACGUUAAUAGAAAGGUACUAGGUGGCAUAGUCUGAGUAGAAGUGAGAUACUCUGAAUGCACUCUGGUUAACAUUCCCAUGUAUCUCUUUCUCACUUCAGCCUGCUGUAUGUUUCUGUAAAGGCAGAUUGUUCCAAAACAGGUCCCAGAGUUUCAGAAAUUGCCUUGCACAGAGGCUUUGAGAGGUUAAGUGGAAGGUUUAUGGUCACCUGCUUGUCAUAUACCAAAACUUGGGAGUACAAAUGGCUAUUGCUGAGUCCAUCAGCUUGGACAAUUCUUUUUGCUAUGGAGGAGAAAUUUCCCCACUAAUGCCUUUAAAAUACAGUUUCCCAAAGUUUGAACUGCUGUUGGAUCUUUCAAUAAUGAAGAGAAUAUUGAAAUUAACUGCUGGUAGGAACAAAAUUUCUUGAACAGCUGACUAUAAUUUGGUCUUUUUGUUGUUCAGGUACUGUAAGAUAGAAAUAAAACUUAGCCAUCAUCAUCAGGUGA